CAGCCUGGCAGCUCCGGGCCACGCCCAUUGGGGCGGAGCUCAGCCCCGCCUCUUUCCAUUGGUGGGCGUGGCAUUAAAUAAAACCCCGCCCCCCACGCAGGCAAAGCGGCGCUGGAACAUCGAGUCCCGCCCCCUUUUGGGCGUGUCGCCGCCAGGCCACGCCCCUUCCCGCUCGUUCCCGCCCCCGUAGCCCCCGGUGCCCCCGGUGCCGUUCGCCAUGAGCCGCCUCGGGCCGCUGCUGCUGCUGCUGCUGGGGGCGCUGAGCCCCCCCCGGGCCGCGGGCCAGGAGCCGCCCCCGAGCCCCCCGCCCCCCGCCCGCCCCAACGCCAGCAGGCCGGUGUGGCCGGUGUUCCCGUGCGGGGGCGACCAUCGCGGCGAGUCGGGGUUCAUCGCCAGCGAGGGCUUCCCCCGGCACUACCCCCCCGGCAGCAACUGCACCUGGACCAUCACGGUGCCCGAGGGCCAGGUGGCCACGCUGUCGUUCCGCGUCUUCGACCUGGAGCCGGAGCCGCGCUGCCGCUUCGACGCGCUGGCCGUGUUCGGGGGCCACGGCCCCGCGGCGCCGCUGCUGGGGCGCUUCUGCGGCACCUUCCGGCCCGGGGCGCUGCGGGCACCCCAAAACCGCCUGCGCCUGCACAUGGAGAGCGACGGCGGCACCGCCGGCAGGGGCUUCCUGGCCUGGUUCAGCGCCGGCAGCCCCCCGAGCAACGGUGGGUGCGGGGCCACGGGGAGACCCCCGAGGAGUGCACGGGGCGGCGCCCCCGAGACCCCCGCCCCAAAGCCCCGGGGGGGCCCCAAGGCCAAGCCGACCCCCGCCCCCAAAGCCGAGCCCCCCACGGCCGCCCCCUGCCCGCAGCGCUGCCGCCGCGCCGGGACCCUGCAGAGCAACUUCUGCAGCAGCGACUUCGUGCUGAGCGGCGCGGUGAAGUCGCUGUCGCGGGGCCCGCCGCACGGGCCGGCCUGGGCCGCGCUCUCCGUGCUCGGCCUCUACAAGUGGCGGCCGCUCGGGGCCCCUCCGCCCGCCGCCGGCUCCUCGCUGCGGCUGCAGCUGCCCUGCCGCCUGUGCCCGGCGCUCAAGAGAGGCUCCAGCUACGUCCUGAUGGGGCGGCUGGCGGCCGACGGGGCGGCGCUGCUGCCGCCCGACGCCUUCGUGGUGCCCUACCGCCCGCAGCAGCAGCAGAAGGUGCUGGAGAACCUCAGCAAGAGGCCGUGCCGGGGGACCCCCUGAGACCCCCGGAGAGAGACCCCCCCCGCCCCGCGCCGGCCCCCGCUCCUUCGCAAAUAAAGGGUGCACAGAUGGAG